CGGCACCGGCUCCUCGGAAGCGACUGAAAUGCGCCUCUGCGAACAAACCAAAGGCGGGAUGGAUCGCACUCCUGAUUGGCUGGCCGCGGGGUCGAAAGGGAGCACUUGGAUUGGCGGAGAUGUAAGGAUGGGCCGACGCGGAGGCGCAACUCGUGAUUGGUGGAUGCGCAGUCCCCAGGGCGCCAGCGAUUGGUGGCUGGCCGGGUGCGCGGCGCUGAUUGGACAGCGGUGCAGUUGGAAUUGAUCACACCUUUUCAGUUAUACUUCAACCCUGAACUAAUUUUUAAACACUUUCAAAUAUGGAGGCUAAUCACCAAUUUCUUAUUUUUUGGUCCAGUUGGAUUCAAUUUUUUGUUUAACAUGAUUUUUCUAUACCGUUACUGUCGAAUGCUAGAAGAAGGCUCUUUCCGAGGUCGGACAGCAGACUUUGUAUUUAUGUUCCUUUUUGGUGGACUUUUAAUGACUCUUUUUGGUUUGUUUGUGAGCUUAGUUUUUUUAGGCCAGGCCUUUACAAUAAUGCUGGUCUACGUGUGGAGCCGAAGGAACCCGUAUGUCCGCAUGAACUUCUUUGGUCUUCUAAACUUCCAGGCCCCCUUUCUGCCCUGGGUGCUCAUGGGGUUUUCCUUGUUGUUGGGGAACUCAAUUAUUGUGGACCUUUUGGGUAUUGCAGUUGGGCACAUAUAUUUUUUCUUGGAAGAUAUAUUUCCCAAUCAGCCUGGUGGAAUAAGAAUUCUGAAAACACCAUCUCUUUUGAGGACUAUUUUUGAUACACCAGAUGAGGAUCCCAAUUACAACCCACUACCUGAAGAGCGGCCAGGAGGCUUCGCCUGGGGUGAGGGCCAGCGCCUUGGAGGGUAAAGCAGCUGUGCCAAUUUAUGAAACCCAUCUGAGAAGGACUCAGUGAAAUGCCCAUUGGGAUUCUUUUAUCCCUUGUUGCGAAAGUGUGGACACUUUUGACAGCUUGACAGAUUUUAACUCCAGAAGCACUUUACGGAAUGGUACACUGACUAACACAGAAGACAUUUCCAGCAGUUUGCCAGGGGUUCCUCACUAUGCUGGUACUAAAAGUAUAACAACCUCUUGGAGCCAAAAAACUGGAGAAACAGAUACCCUGCCGCCUCUAACAAGUACAUGGGUACUUGAGCUCUGGCAUAAGGCAGGGCGUUUCCUCCUCCGCCUCUUUGAUAGACAAGGCCGUGGUGUAAAUGGAAGUUUCAGAGAGGACAAAAUAAAACUGAAUUCCAUCUCUCUCACACUGUA